AAGGGUUUGUGAUAGUAGUCCUUGUAAGAAUGGAGGGCAUUGCUUUGACGACGAGAACUCAUUCGUAUGCAUAUGCCAUUCAGGAUUUGAGGGAAUACAUUGUGAAAAUGAACGAACCAUCACAUUACCACCAACGACGACACAACAUUACACGAUAUACCCUGCUGAGCAGAGAACUAACUUAGCAAGUAAAAUGGACAUCUCCAAAGAAUCGCAAACAACAAUUAAUGUAUCAAAAUAUCGAACAAAAACAUCUUCAUCUUUAUCAAAGUCAACACCGUAUCCGGAAACAACUGCCAUCACAGUAAAAUCCACAGAAACAACGCAUCCGACAUCCACAACAAUGUCCCCUGCUACAACCAAUGAACCCAGAAAAGAAACAACUACAACUAAAUUGCCGGACACAACAAAAAAUGGAAACACAGUUGACACAGGCACUGGCCAGAAUACGGAUGGCAACGUUAAUCCACCCAUGAUGCCAAAUGUACAAUCUUGUGAUAAGCAGAAUCUCCUCAAGGAUUUAGCCAAAAGAUCAGUUUUAAGAAGUGUUAACGAUACCAAAUGCUUAUCAGGAGAAAGUGUACUAUCUCAUGCUGUGGUGUUGGCUCGGUGUGCUGCACCAGAUCUGUCGUCAUGGAAACGAGGAGUGCAGGUUUCAACAUACUGUGGCAUUUUGCCAAGUUUUAUAGCAGUGGCACAGUUUCGACAGGAUGUUUUGAUUGAAUCGGCAGUUCUGGUAUCGUGCGAUAAGCACAAUGAUUCCUUGCAGAUUUUAUCCCAACCAUGUGAUGGGUCUAUUAGACUUAGAAACGUAACGUGGCCAAUAACAGAUACAUAUUAUACUGUUGAAUGGAGAGUCUGAGAAAAUAUUUAAGACAUUUUUAAUUUGUAAAAUGUAGCAUAAACAGCUAGUCAUAACUUAAAUUUAGCAAGCGAAUAUGUGUCUAAUAUGGAUGUAGCAAGUUAAGACUGUCGUAUAUAAAUGUAUCUGUGAAUAUGAAUCUCAUAACUUGAUAUCUUGCAAUUGUGUAUUUAAACACUGUUUCAGUAGUAUGGUUUGAUAGCGUUUGACUUUUUUUAUGCAAUGCGCAAAAAGUAUGUAAGGCAAUUUCAAAAUAACCGUAUAUCAACUUCGUGGUCUCAGAAAUGGGUUGACUUAAAAAUACUGUCAUUUAUCAAUUUGGGUCAUACUCCUCAAAAUCAAUGCUGUUUACGAAGUUUUGAAUACUAGCUUGUCAUAAUAUAACCAUAAAAGUGUAUAAAAUUGUGCAUAUCAAUUAAAUAAUGAAAACAAAGUGA